AUGUUCAACAAACAAUUAUUUAUUCUUGUUUUACUUAUUGGAGCCGUUGUUUCCCAACCAGCAGGUACCUUACCAGGUAUCCAAAAUGGUUACUUAAUUAUGUCGAGUACCACUGACUACAAUGCUGAGCAUUCAGUUUUCAACUCAAAAUUAAAUAGACCAAUUAGAGCUUGGUGUCCAGCUACCAGUGUUGUUGGUAACAAUGGUGAGUGGAUUAUGGCUAGCAGUAUCACUCCAUUCGAUGUAUACGGAAUCUCAAUUCAAGGUCGUUACGAUUACGAUCAAUGGGUCAAUCUAUUCCAAAUCCAAGUAUCGCUUGAUGGUUUCGCUUGGACUACUAUUGGAACCUACAACUCUGGUCUUACUGAUCGUAACACAGUCAAGUACAUCGACUUUGGUGGUGUCAGAAGAGUCCGUAAUGUCCUUCUUAAACCAGUAACCUGGCAUCCAAAUGGUAUUGCUGUACGUUGGGAAGUCCUCAUGAAAAUCAAAUUAGAAAUUUAUGAUCUAUUAAGAUUAUACGAUCACGUUGCAACUAGAGAGGCAGAGUAUGUCAUCAUUCUAUCAGAUACAGAUUAUAUCACUUAA